GAAGGUGGUGAUAGUCAUCCUCAGGGAACUUGCCCUUGCUAGCCAAACAAAUCUACAGAUCCUGACACCAUGAGCCACUUUGGCAACUACUACGGGGGCCUGGGCCAUGGCUUUGGCCGUGGAUGUGGCAGCUUCCGCAGACUGAGCUCUAGCUUCGGUUCCGGAUGUGGCAGCUUCCGCAGACUGGGCUCUGGCUUUGGCGCUGGAUGUGGCAGCUUCCAUGGACUGGGCUCUGGCUUCGGCUCUGGGUUUGGCAGCUUCCACAGACUGGGCUCUGGCUUCGGGUCCAGAUUUGGCAGCUUCCACGGACUGGGCUCUGGCUUCAGAGGCUACGGAUUCGGCUGUCACCGUCCAUCAUUCUAUGGAGGAUGUGGAUUUUCCAGCUUCUACUGAAGAGUGAACUCAUUCUUUGAACCAUUGCAAUCCUCGUAACAUCCUGAUUUAAUACUGCUUUCAGCUCUUUUUACCCUCUAUGUCAAUUUCAUAGCUGCUUUCUGAAUAAACCAUAUAAACCAG